GUCUGAGACGCCCCAAAGUUAGGACCUUUCCUUGCACUCUUGAGGCACCGGCGGUGGCUCUGCAGCUGUCAUCAUGCCACAGAAUGAAUAUAUUGAAUUACAUCGUAAACGCUAUGGGUACCGCUUGGAUUACCAUGAGAAAAAGAGAAAAAAGGAAAGUCGAGAGGCUCAUGAACGUUCAAAGAAGGCAAAAAAAAUGAUUGGCCUGAAGGCUAAGCUCUACCACAAACAGCGCCAUGCAGAGAAAAUACAAAUGAAGAAGACUAUCAAAAUGCAUGAAAAGAGAAACACCAAGCAAAAGAAUGAUGAAAAGACUCCCCAAGGAGCAGUACCUGCCUACCUGCUGGACAGAGAAGGACAGUCUCGUGCAAAAGUACUUUCCAACAUGAUUAAACAGAAACGGAAAGAAAAGGCGGGAAAAUGGGAAGUUCCUCUGCCCAAAGUUCGUGCCCAAGGAGAAACAGAAGUAUUAAAAGUUAUUCGAACUGCAAAGAGAAAAAAGAAGGCAUGGAAGAGGAUGGUUACUAAAGUCUGCUUUGUUGGAGAUGGUUUUACAAGAAAACCACCUAAAUAUGAAAGAUUCAUUAGGCCAAUGGGCUUACGUUUGAAGAAGGCCCAUGUAACACAUCCUGAACUGAAAGCCACCUUUUGCCUGCCAAUAUUUGGUGUGAAAAAGAAUCCUUCAUCGCCACUGUAUACAACUUUGGGUGUGAUUACCAAAGGAACAGUGAUUGAGGUGAACGUGAGCGAGUUGGGCCUUCUGACGCAAGGGGGCAAGGUUAUCUGGGGUAAAUAUGCUCAGGUAACCAACAAUCCUGAAAAUGAUGGAUGCAUCAAUGCAGUCUUACUAGUUUGACAAAUGUUUCAUACAGUAAC